AUUUUAAAGCUUCAAAAUUCAAAUUUACCGCAAAAAUGUAAAAUUGAGAAUGACAUUUGAUUUAAAAAAAUGACGGUAGUUUUUGACAUUUAUCGAUUUGAAUUUUUCAAAAUAUCGAAAAAUCAGGAAGAAAAGCAUGUUGAAAACUAUUUGUAAGAUAAUUUUCGAGUCACUGGCACGAAAUAUGGGCGCUUUGUGCGAUUUCCGCCUGUCGCUGGCUGCGAAGUGUUGGAUUUUAUUAAUGCUUAGUUUAACCGUCUACAGUUUAGGAUUCAUUUCGUUCAAAAUAUUCUCGUGGCUAUGCAAGUGCUUCGAAGACAAUUCCUUCAAAGAUCUUUACGUUGCCGUAACAGAAAACAACGUAUUGAAAGCCGUUUGUAUAAUAAAUAGUAACCCUCAGUACGUGAAUAAGUUUAAGCUGCCCGAGGGUUACACGCCGUUUAUGAUAGCUUGCGCUAAUGCCAACACGCAACUGGUCAGUUACAUGAUACAAAAAGGGGCCUGGAUCAAUGUCAAGUCGAAAUAUGGAGAGACGCCCUUUUAUUUAGCCGCUUUUUACUACAUCCAACACAAGAAAUGGAAAAAUGCUACUUGUAUUCGAGAGCUGUACUACGCAGGUGCGAAUAUCAACGAACCAGCGAAGAAUCAAAUCACAGUUCUACAGCUGGCAGCGAUUUUUGGACACACGUCGCUGGUCAAAUGGUUAUUAGUGAAAAACGCCAAUCUAAAUAUAUGUCCUCAUCCAUACUUACUGGCUCGAAGCCAAGGCCACCACGAGACCGCUUCCGUCAUAGAAACCCGCGUGAAAAUCAAAUAUUUACCAUACUAAGCUCCAAAAUUGUUUAAAAAAUCAAAUAGCCAUAUAGAAAUGUCCAAACUUAAUUAUCUGGGAUAACUGGGUUCUGUUAAAUGUAUGUAGAAGUGCUCGAACCAAAAUAACAAUUUACACUGCAACUUCUUUAAUGGGAACAGCUAAUUAUAACGAUCUAUCCCGAUUCAGAGCUGGAACAGGUCAGUUUCAAAAUUAUUUAAAUUUCAACAUAAAGUUUCAAUGACAAAUCUUAAGUCUUUGACUUAAUUCGUUUUCUUUCAAGUUAAGUCAUUUUCGUAAAAACUUAUAUCAAUAUAAUGUAAUUUAACUGGUUUUUAUGACUUAAAUCUACCAAUUUGAUCAUAUUAGAAGUGUGGUCUGGAUUUUAACGUGCAAGACAGUGAUGUAGGCAGCUUAAUGGAAAACCAAAUGUAUCAAAAACAGAUAAAAGUUGGGUUGAUACAUUUCUUCUAUGAGGUAUUGCCGGGUUUUGCAUCAAAAGUUCAAACCGCACAAGUAGGCGUUUAUGGAAAUUUUGUAUCUAGGGUUGGAACCUUAUUCUUCACAAAUAGUUACUC